GUGUCGUAUUCCCGGAUGAGAUUUGGUUGAAAUUACGUUCCAUGCGGGAAGACAACGCUGAAUCCUUAAGUCCCUCAAACACUCAAGUAGCAUCGACUACAGAGGAUAUUUUUGCAUGACCUUGCUUUUAAAGAACUAACGGCUUCUGUGAAUAUUGGGUAAAAUGGUUAGAUUGGACCUUGGUGAUGUACUUUUGCGCAGGAUGCAGGAGAAGGAUAUUGAUGCUGUAAAGGCUCUCAUCAAGGAAGGAUGUGAGGGAACAGAGAACCGCCUGAUUCUUUACCUUCUGACUCGUCCGCUCGCUCUCCUCAUGCUGGCCAUCCUCUCCUCUAUCCUCCGCUGUGUACUGCACUCUUUUAUCUUGGCCUUGGUCAUUCCAGUCUUCAUCUUCAUCAUCUACCUCAAACUUACCAUACCACGCUCGGUGGGCAUCUUGGGCUCCAGCAGGCCAUACUGGGACUACGUGGGCAGCAGUUACCAUGCAGACACUGAACCAGAUCUACCCAAUCCUCACACUGGCAGGGCCAAACUGGAGAAAACCAGACGGCGUAAAAAACCUAAAGAAAAGGAGAAGGACAAGACGAAUGAGAAAGAACAGGUGGAUGAGGAUGAGCUGAAGGAGAGGGCGAAGGUUGCUGGUGAGGUGUGGGUGGCGGACUCUGAUGGGGAGAUUAUGGGAUGCGUGGCUAGAGAUGGUUGGAGUCGGGACGGUGUAUGUAGGGUCUGCAGGCUGGUGGUCCAGAGUUGGUACCGCAGAGAGGGACUGGGCAGACUGCUGGUGCAGGGACUGGAGUCCAAAACAAAACAGAGUGGCAUACGGCGGGUCUAUGCCCAUGUGCCAUUUCCAUCCAAAGUGGGAGAAGCUUUCUUCAGGAGGCUGGGUUAUCGUCUGCAGGGCGAGACUGCAGGGACUACUGAAGAGGAGGAGGAGGAGGAUUAUGAAGAGCCACAGAAGGGUUGGUUGGGUUUCCCUUUAACUAAAGUGUUUGUAAAGGAUCUAUAAUUCACAUUAAAACAGGAACGAAAGGCUUUCUUGGCAACACAUAAUUUAAGGAAUAUUCUGGGUUCAGUACACACAAUACUCAACAAACCUGUGGUCUAAUGUAAAUGGUGAUCACAAAAUUAUUUUUUUUGACAUUUAAACAAAAUGAAUACAUAAAAGUCAAAUUUAAGGAAAUGGUAGGGCCGACAUUAAAAGAAAAAUGGGGCCAAUUUAUGGAUUUAAAAGUAAGAAUGUAAAGCUAAUAAUUGCGAUAAAAGCAGUUAAUUCUGUUGAACCUUUAGUAUGAGUUAUAAAGCUGUUUCAAUACUCAUUUUACAGUCUUUUAUGGUUUAUGAAGUAAUAUUACCAUGAAUUUGUGAAUUUAAGUGUACCUAAUACAGUGGUGGCCAAAAUGAUUAGAACACUAGUAUUUUCUUGAAGAAUCUUGGAGACUUUGGCACAGUUCUUCUGUAUUUAGACUGUCUCAGUUUGUUCUGUUUCUUCAUGUCAUUCCAGACAGAAUGAUGAUAAUGAGAUCAGAUCUCUGUGUGCAGCACUGGCUGCUGUCAGACUCCUUGUGCAAACAAAAAUCUCACCGGAUUAUUACAAUUGAUGGCAAAAU